AUGAUUUCGGUGUUUGGUCAAAAAGCACCAUCCUUGGGGACAGUAGAACACUGGCAUCUGCAAUUCAAGCGAGGUGAUUUUGGACUGGACGAUGUUCUUGGCCAGAUACCUAAAUUACAAAGCAAGAUAUGGGUGUUUGAUGUUGAGGAGCAACCAACUAAAUCUCGAAAAUCGAUAUCUGUUUGCAAAAGAAUCAAAUCUGUUAUACUCGCUGGACAGAAAACACAAGUUCAUGGUCCAGUAAAAUCUCAGUUGUUUGAGGUAUUGUCAAAUCGCAGACCAAUCUUGAAAGUGAGUUCGUGUUUCCUGUAUAACAACAACGCACUUGCACAUACAGCUGGCGCUACCACGGCCUAUUUGACGGCGGCGGGCAUCAAGGUACUGGAGCAUCCUUCCUACAACCCUGAUCUUGCUUCCUGUUACUUUGGUUUAUUUCCGUACGACAAAAUUCGCAUGAAACGAGUUUUCAGUAACAGAAGAGCAGCUAAUAAGCGUGUUCGAAGAAGAAUGAGAUUUAAUUCCUUCUUAUUCUUCUCCUUCUUUAAAGUCUUUAAAGUCCUUAAGACAAAAGUGGGAGGACUGGAU